UAAAUUUUUAGGGUUCGUCGCGGCAGGGGAUCCCGGAUGAGGGCCUCGAUCAAGAGCAAGUACGAGGGCGGAGCCGCGGGGGAGGCGGCCACGGCCACGCUCGCGCUCGGGGUAGGCGAUCUCAAGCUCAAGGCGUCGUGCACGGAUGCCACAUUUGGGUCGCGGUCGCCAGGCGGCCUGGCGGCGGCGGGGGUGAGCCUGGGCGUGGAGAAGCCCGGCUGCUUCAUCAUCGACCACGAGCUCCAGCCGGCGUCAACGCGCUUCCAGUUCAUGAGCGCCGCCAAUGUCGCGGGCAAGCAGGUGAAGCUCACGUACAUUCACCCGCAGAAGCGCAACGCCACGCUGCUCGAGGCGACGCUCGCCGUGGAUCCGCGCAACAAGCUCACGGCGAAGUAUAGCUUUGCGUCGGGCAAGGGGCAGCUCAAGUACUUCUACCAGCAUCCAUCGCGCCUCACGCUGGAGCCCGCCUAUGAUUUUGGGACCGAGUCGUGGAGCUUCUCGGCCUCCAAGAAGAUGGCCGAUUGCCACACCUUGAAGCUCGCCUACGAGGCGCACCGCAAGGUGCUGGGUGUGGAGUGGAUCAGUGAUGAUCCCAGGCUGGGGCCUUUCAAGGUGGCUGCGUCUGGGAAUCUGGACAGCUCCAAGCCUCCCAAGUUACUGCUGGAGAAGACCUGGAACUAUGAGUUAUGAUAUUCUUUUUUGAGGUUUCCUUGAGUGUGUCUUUUUUUUCAAGGGGCAACUUUGGGGACAAUAUUCCCACUGCGACUAUUCAAAUAAGCUAAAGCUCUUGUUUGUGUGAGGGGGAUUAUAUAAAGAAAGGAUGGCGGAUCUAGCCACAUUUACAAAACAA